AUGAAGGAGCAGCAGCUCACAGUGGCCCUCCACAUCUGUUCCAUCAGCAAAGCAGAAGCAGAGGAGAGAGCUGCCCUCAUUGCCCACAGAGUGGACAAGCAGAUGAAACUGGAAUUGAAGUUUCUGUUGAGCAAUGCAGAUAUCAGUCCUUCAGGAAAGCCUUUGGAAGAUGACUUUGGCGAAGAUCCAGAUGAUGUCCUGCGAGCCAACAGAUCCCGGGAGAAAACAUUUGUAUUUGAUAUGGUUUUUGAUCACAGAGCAACUCAAGAGGAAGUACACCUGUCCACGACCAAAAGCCUGAUAGAAGGAGUCAUUUCUGGUUACAAUGCGACCAUUUCUGCAUAUGGUCCAACAGGAGCAGGAAAAACCUACACAAUGCUCGGGACAGACUGUGAGCCAGGAAUUUACAUCUGCACUCUUGAUGACCUCUUUAAGGCUCUUGAAGCUACCACCCAGGAGAUGGAUUACACAGUCUCCAUGUACCCCCUGGAGAUCUACAAUGAAGUGAUCUGUGACCUCCUGAACCCAUCCUCGGGGUUCUUAGACCUGAGAGAGGACCCCAGAGGCAGCAUCCAGAUAUCAGGAAUUACCAAAGUCUCCAUUAUAAGUACUCAGGAGAUCACGCAGCUGCUAAUGAAAGGAAACAAGCAACGCACCCAAGAACCCACUGCUGCCAACAAGGCGUCCUCCCGCUCGCACGCGGUGCUGCAGGUGACGGUGACACAGAGAAGAUGAAAGCAGGAGAUAGAGGAAGUGAGGGCUGGAAAGUUGUUCAUGAUGGAGUUGGAGGAGUCAGAAAGAGCAGCCCAGACUUAGAACCAGGGCAAGAGGAUGAAGGAAGGAGCUCACAUCAACCGCUCACUGCUGGCCUUGGGCAACUGCAUCAGUGAGAAGGGGGGAAACUGAGGCCACUUUGUCAAUUUUCAUGUGUAACGUGACAGCAAGCUCACAUGCCUGAUGAAGGACUCAUUAGGGGGCAACAGCAGGACUGUGAUGCUUGCACAUAUCAGCCCAGCCAGUACCUCCUUUGAAGAAUCUCGAAUGACUUUAAUUUAUGCCUACCAAGCCAAAAACAUCAAGACACAGGUAAAAUGUAACCUGCAGAACGUCUCCUACCACAUCGACCAGUGCACCAGCAUCAUCACAGACCUCCACAGGGAGACAGAGUGCCUGAAGGCCGAGGUUCCAAACCAGGAGAAACAGGCAGUCAGCUCCAACCUUGGGGAUCUGCAAGGUACACUUGCAGAGGAGCUGCACUCUGGGGCACACAGUGGUCAAGCAAUGAAAGCCUUUCAGGAGCAGUUGAUUGGGGCUUUCAGGGAGCAAAUGGAGAUGCUUCAAAGCCUGAUAGAGCUGGAAAAUACCAACAAUGAGCUGCAUGUGGAUACCUGCAGGCACCUGCUAACAACUGCAGCAAUAAGCAAAAUACUUUUUGUGGAUGUGGCUUAUGAUCUCAGUGUGAAGAAUGUAGCAGAGAAUUGCUCAGAUGCCUUAUCCCAAGAAGAUGAGCUGCCUUGGCAAUCUCCUAUCUACCAUUUUCAGACAGAGCAGGAGCAGCUCUUAGCAAAUGCCAGGGAAAAAGCUUCUCAGAUGGAGGAGUUUUUUCACAGACAUAUCACUGGUGAGGAUCAUCAGGAGGUGCUAAAGCUCCUCUGCAGAGUCCAUGAGCUUGAGCUUGGCAACACAGAGCUGCAGGCAAAUACAGUAUACAAGGAGAAUCUACUGUGCCAGAAAGAUUUUGUGAUCCAGCAACUACAGCAGCACAUGCUACUAUGUGAAGAAAUUAUUCAGCAGCAGCAGAUGCUAAUAAAAGACUUGCAUGAGAAAAAAUCACCUGCAGGCAUUGCUGCUGUUUCACUGAGUCUGGAGACCUUGGAGGAAAUUGUCAACACCAAAGGCAUCUCCCUCAUUGCAGCCCAUUGCCAUUCCAGAGCCCAGCGCAGUGAUCCUGGGAGCAAAGUCUCCUCAGCCCACUUAUCUCAGGAUGAUAAGCUUGAGUUGAAGUAUCUGGAGGCCAGUUCCAACCGAGAUUGUCAGAUGAGAGACAGUGCACGUAUUGGGGGUUUGCUGUCGGAACCUGCAGCUGGUAGCCAGCUGUGCUCCUCAGCCAGGGAAGUGCUGAGGAACAUGAGAGACCAGGAGAUGUCUGCUGAGAGGACAGCCCUCAAGAAAAGAUCUCGCUCUCUGGAACCAAUUUUCCACAGGUCCAAAGCUGGGAGCAGCAUACCCUUUGCUGUGAAGGCCAAGGUUGCCGUUGGGCACCCUUCAGAGAGGACUCCACUAGAGGUGCUGUCAAAAGACAAUGCUCCUGCAAGCACCAUCCAGCAAAGCAACGCUGAUCGCGUCAAAGCACGGGUCCUUCAGAAAGUCAAGGGGCCUGCAGAUGGUGCCAGCAGUUGGCGAAAGCCGUGGCCAGUCGCCUGCUUGGGGAACCAGCUGAGGUCUAAAUAG